GAGAAAACGCCUCCCCCGCUCCGCACGGGUGUAAUCGCUAUGGGAACUAAUAAGCUUGCAGAUCCCUUGCCGCUUAGCACAGAACCAUAGAUUAGGCCGGCUUACAUGUGGAGGACAAAACCUAGCCUACUCCAAUGGUUUCAUUCUGAGUUGAUACCUAUUCUUCAAUACUCAUCUAUGGAGUUGCAGUCCCAAGGCCAAAUCAACCUAUAAGGUAAGUCGGCCUAGAUAUCGCAUCAUCCCAAGUUGUUACAAUAUGCAUAUGCCAUGGCCCCCACCUACGUCUUCGUUCUGGCCAAACCCAUCAAACGUAAGCAGUGACGGACUCAACUCCAACCCCCAUUUACACCGAACGAAAGUCCCUUAAGGAAGAAUUGCAAACCCCGCCUCUUCUGCGGCCGAUAUUAUCAUAUGUUGUGUACCAGGUAGGUAAGCUUGAGAAUUCUAUUAAGUACCGUAUUCGGGGAAAACUUUACCACCUACUUACCACUUUUACUGCUAUCCCACUACUUAUUCGAUACACCAGGUGGCUUAUCUAAUCCCAUUACUGGCACCCAAUAUCUCACUAUCAAUCAAAGCCAUGUCCCUAAACUUCGCCUAUCACGCCCUCUCGGCCUCUUCUUUAGACUCUCCUCUAACAGCAUCCGCUGAUGAAAAGGAAGAGGAAUACACAGAGUGCAAACAUUGCGCAGUUCAUAACAGAACUCGGAGAUAUCACUGGGUCGCUCAUGUCGUAAACUCGACUAUCAUUAUCGUUCUAUCAAUCCUUUUGAUACGCUCCUAUGACGGUGCCCUCAUAGCUGCAAGAUGUUGGGACAUGCAUAAUUAUUACUCCCCGGUUAACGAGGCCUUGGCUACGCAGCCCUACAUCACUGUCCGGUUCAAUGGGUCGCUCUGGUAUGAAUCGCCUUUCAAAGGACCCCCCACUCCGGAUGUCGAGGAGGCCUGGCACUCAGUUAUGAAGUACGGGAUGAUUGCCGUAUCAGCUUCAGACUACGAGAAGGUCAACCAUUCAACCCGCACCGCAGUCCAAUUUCCUAAGGAAGCCGGAGGCGGUUAUAUGGUAACAACAGUCGGAACACAUCAACUCCACUGUCUGCAUUUUCUCUGGCAAGAUCACCAUCGCGCUUACUUCCCGGACGUUAUGCGGAAGGUCGAAGAUGUCCCCGAGCUUUACGAACGGCACUUUGAGCACUGCGUGGACUACAUCAGACAGAGCAUCAUGUGUAAGUUCGACACAGGCUUGGUAACGUAUGACUGGGUCCUGCAGCACCAGAAUCCGACACCCAAUUCAAACGCCAUGCACAAGUGCGUAGAUUGGGAUGCGGCACAGGAGUGGUUGCGAGAUCGCGCCGUCGAAAUUCCUGAUGGGUUUGAGUGGAGGCAACCUGAGGGACAAGAAAGUCUACCAUGGAACCCUUGAUGAAGCUUCUAACGUGGAGGGUAGUGAUUUGAGAAACGAUAGGUGGUCGGCACCCGCCGGUAGAUGCAAUAAGAAUGUUGAGCAACCCUCUUGAGAAGGGGAAAAGAGAGUCACAACAUAAGAUGGUCGAGGCUAGAAUCAGCUCCUGGCGAAUCAUCUCCCUAGUUCAUAGCCCCCAAAUUCAAUAGUAAAUAGUAAGAUCUACGUUACUCUCGGAGAGUUUGACAAAUACGCCCAACACUUCAGUUAUUCAGCCGCAACGGCCCGAAUAGAGAGAAAUAAUCUUACAACUGAUCGAUU